GCCACCGGAGCCGCGGCGGGAGAUUCUCAGCCCGGCCUUGGAGAUGAUGGGAUUGGGGAACGGGCGUCGGAGCAUGAAGUCGCCGCCCCUCGUGCUAGCUGCCCUGGUGGCCUGUGUCAUUGUCCUGGGCUUCAACUACUGGAUUGCCAGCUCCCGGAGCGUGGAUCUCCAGACGCGAAUCUUGGAGCUGGAAGGCAGAGUCCGCAGGGCGGCUGCAGAGAGAGGCGCUGUGGAGCUGAAAAAGAACGAGUUCCAGGGAGAGCUGGAGAAGCAACGAGAGCAGCUUGACAAAAUCCAGUCCAGCCACAACUUUCAGAUGGAGAGCGUCAACAAGUUAUACCAGGAUGAGAAGGCGGUUUUAGUGAAUAAUAUCACCACGGGCGAGAGGCUGAUCAGAACCCUGCAAGACCAGUUAAAGGCCCUGCAGAAGAAUUACGGCACGCUGCAGCAGGAUGUCCUCCAGUUUCAGAAGAACCAGACCAACCUGGAGAGGAAGUUCUCCUACGACCUGAGCCAGUGCAUCAGUCAGAUGAAGGAGGUGAAGGAGCAGUGUGAGGAGCGAAUAGAAGAAGUCACCAAAAAGGGGAAUGAGGCUGUAGCUUCCAGGGACCUGCGUGAAAAAAAGCACCCAAACCAGCAGCUCCAAGCCGUCAGUGAGCCUCAGCCCAGGCCGCCGGAGGCAGGCCUGCCCCAGGCAGAGGUGCCACAAGGGAAAGGAAACGUGCCCAGCAAUGGCGAGCCCCAGACACCAGCCCCCAGUGCUGAGGCAGCUUUGGAUUCAAAGAGACAAGGUGAAAAAGAGGAAACCAAUGAGGUUCAGGUUGUCAGCGAGGCGGAGCUUCGGAGAGACAGCCAGGGGCUGCCGCAGGAGCCAGGGCGAGAGCAGGCUGUGGAAGAAGACAGACAUGCGGGUGGAAAAGGUGUCGGAGAAGUUGGCCAAACCCCACAGGUGCCAGCUGCCCUGUUGGAGAGCCAGGAAAAUCAGGAUACGGGGGGCCCUGAGCCGGAGCAGCUCGUCGUUGCCGAUGGGCAGGAGGAGGAGCAGGAUGCUGAUGAGGAAGGGAGAAACCAGCAGAAACUGGGAGGAGACGAUGACUACAACAUGGAUGAAAAUGAGGCAGAAUCUGAGAGAGACAAGCAGGCAGCCCUUGCAGGGAAUGACAGAAACGUAAAUGUUCUUAAUGCAGAAAAUCAGAAAAGAGACACAGUAAAUUUACUUGAUCAGCGUGAAAAGAGGAAUCAUACACUCUGAAUCAAACUGGAAUUCCGUACUCCGUGUCAGGAUUGUACAGAGAUCACUACAGAAUGCUCAUGCAAGUUUGAAUACUGUGAAAUGUACUAAGUAAAACAUACAUCUGAAGACAAUUAUUGUGGAGUUUUAGUAUGUACUUUAUGUAGGAAAAUGAGAUUGUCUUUUAGACACUCUUUGGGGGUACUUUUGAAGUGUCAAUAUUAAAAUGUCAAAAUUUGUCGGCUAAUAGGUAUUUCAUGAGAAGAUCAACACCAAAAAUAGAACCCAAAUUCUUCAAGUAUGGCGACAGUGGCGCUUCUUAUUCUGAGAGAUAACUUUGUUUAAAAAAUAAAAGCCUGCAGGGAGAGCCCAUCUUCUGACAUGAAGGAGAGACCUGCCGCGCUGGAGAACUCCUUUUUCUGGGUUCCCUCUGGAGUCGUUCUCUUCUCCACGUGCUGUGCCGAGUAACUGGUACCGGCCCCUAUCUCUGUUCUCCCUGGUCAGCUGAACGAUUCUUGGUGUAUGCUCUUGUGCGUGCAUUUCUGGUUCUGACAGACAGUGGCCUAGAGCACUGACUGUUAACACAAACAUCACUAGCAACUGUUUUAAAUGAGUCUAAAUAC